AUGGCCACUUCACUACGGCUUUGCGGGCGGGGUGAAAGUGCACAAAUUAUCGUUUUGGGCACGAUCGUCGAAAAAGUGGCCCAAACGACCUCGAAUGACGAAACGGACUGCGCCAACGCGUCCGGAACGUCGAUUUUGGGCAAGAAGGAUGUUCACUUCGCCGCGAGGACGUAUACGGACUUGGGUCAACCCUUAUUGCCUUCUUCUACGGUCCACCUUUGCCGUCUUCUCGCAAAUCAAACCUCUACGCCCUCUUCUGUAUGGAGCGACUUCAUUCCAUCAGCUCUGCCAUCUUUCUCCUGCUACCACUUCUGGCGCUCUCUCUUUUUGGAGCUUUUCUCGGUUGUUAACUGCAAAGCUCUUGAACAAUGCCUCCAGAAAGAGAGCUCGGCGCUUCUCCAGCUGAAGCGAGGCUUCAUCUCAGGUGAGCUCGAUACAUGGGAGCCAGGGACGGACUGCUGCUUCUGGGUGGGAGUGACAUGCGAUGAAUCGAGGCGUGUCACUGGCCUCGACCUAAGCGAUCGAUCCAUUAACGGUACGAUCGAUCCUAUCCUCUUCAAUCUCACAUCUUUAGAAACCCUCAAUCUUUCCAAUAACGAGUUCUACAACGGAUCUAUUCCGGAUUCCGGGUGGGAAAGGCUUGCAAAUCUUUCAAGCCUCGAUAUUUCAUGGUCAGAACUUAUUGGAAAGGUUCCCGCCGGUAUCUCUCGAUUGACAAAAUUAACUUCCCUUGACCUCUCCUACAAUGAGGAUCUUUCUUUCACUGCUAACCCAACAUUUCUGCAAAAUAUGAGCAAUUUGAGGGAACUUUUUCUUGACAAUGUAAAUCUCUCGGCAUACGGUGUUGAAUGGUGUGGUGCUCUGAUCAAUUCCACCCCCGAACUUGAGGCGCUCAGCAUGCAAGGUUGUUCCCUCUUUGGGUAUUGUCCGAACAAAAUCUUUCUUCUGAGAAAUUUGAAAUAUCUUCAAAUCUCAUACAAUCAGAUACUCUCUGGUUCUCUUCCUGAUUUUCCAGAGAACAGUAAUUUAGAAAAAUUGAAUCUUUUUGCCACCAAUUUCUCUGGGAAUUUGCCCGAUACAAUCGGCAACCUCAAGUUUUUGACUUUAUUGGAUCUCGGAGAAUGUCAAUUUUCUGGUAGAAUACCGCCUUCGAUGGGAAAUCUAUCAAAACAACUAAAAUGGUUGAGUCUAUCCAACAACUAUUUUAGCGGUCCUGUUCUAUUUUUGCUUCCACUUUCAGCUGAGCCAUCACAUAAUGGUCUGUCAUCACCAGAUACUCACAUUUGUCUGAAUGGCAAGCUUUGUCAUCUUGAAUAUCUUGAUCUCAGUCAUAACAAUUUCUCUGGACCAAUUCCUGCUACUGUGUUUACUCUGCCAACUUUGAGAUUCUUGCAUCUUCAACGAAACCAAUUUUCUGGGCAACUUGCAGAGUUCACAUGUGCAUCCUCUAUGUUGACUUAUGUUGAUCUUAGUAACAAUAAAUUACAGGGACAAAUUCCAUUGUCAUUUUUUAUGAUAUCAGGGCUUUAUCAUCUUGACUUUUCUUCAAAUAAUUUCAGUGGAGUUGUGGGGUCGGAGUUCAUAAAGGAUCUCAAUGAUCUCACUUUUUUGUCCCUAUCAAACAAUAAACUAACUGAAAUCCCACCAUUCAUAAAAUAUCAACAUAAAAACAUUUCUUUGUACCUCUCCGAUAAUAGACUAACUGGGGAAAUCCCAACAUUCAUCUGCAACUGGACUGGCCUUGAGUCACUUGAUUUAUCGAAUAACGAGUUAAAUGGUUCUAUUCCACCGUGUUUAUUAGAAAGUAGUGGUCUCAAGAUUCUCACAUAUUUGGACUAUGCAAACAAUAACCUGACUGGGGAAAUUCCAAUAUUCAUCUGCAACUUGACCAACCUGCAGACACUUGAUUUAUCAAAUAACAAGCUUAAUGGUUAUAUUCCACCGUGUUUAUUAGAAAGAAGUAGUCUCGAGAUUAUCAUGCAUUUGGACCUCUCAAAAAAUCAACUGGCUGGAGAAAUCACAACAUCCUUCUGCAACUUGACCAACUUGAUAGUGCUUGAUUUAUCUGAUAACAAGUUAACUGGUUCGAUUCCAUCAUGUUUAUUCGAAGAAGGAUGUGGUCUUCGCAUUCUAAAUCUGAGAGGAAAUCAGCUUCACGGAGCUAUCCCCCAUGGAGUUAAUCAAAAUUGUAUGCUGCAAAUUAUAAAUCUUAGAGACAACCAAUUGGAGGGACUGCUUCCGAGAUUACUGUCUAAUUGUCGAUCACUUGAACUUCUAGACCUAGGUAACAAUAAAUUAAAGGUUGUAUUUCCUUAUUGGUUGGGAAAUAUUUCCACGCUAAGGAUUCUUAUUCUAAGAUCUAAUAAGUUCCACGGCUUAGUUGGGCUUCUUGAUGGAAGCCAGAAAACAAAUUAUACUUUUUCGACAUUGAAUGUUCUUGACAUCUCAUCCAACAACUUUAGUGGCAAUUUAUGUGCAAAAUGCUUCAACGAUUUUAAGUCGAUGAUGAUAAAUACAACAGACGUAAUACAAUCUUCUGCACUUACUUCGUUUUAUGAUUAUUAUUCUCUUGUUGUGCUUACCAUUAUGGAAAAGGGGCAACUAUUGAAGAUACAAAAUUUUUGGAGGAUUAUAAAGUCAAUAGAUAUUUCCAAUAAUUAUUUUGAAGGAGAGAUCCCGAUAUCCAUUGGUCAACUUGCCUCUCUCCAAGUGCUCAACUUAUCACAGAAUCACAUGACAGGAACAAUUCCUCCACAACUAGGAAAUUUGUUACAACUGGAGUCACUAGAUCUCUCAAUGAAUAGCCUUUCUGGUAAAAUCCCAACUGAAUUGGUUUCUUUACAUUUUUUGUCGGUUUUAAAUCUCUCCUACAAUAAGUUGGUGGGAGAAAUUCCUCCAGGAGGCCAAUUCUCCACUUUCCCAGACACUUCAUUUGAAGGAAAUAAGGGACUUUGUUGGCAUCCUUGCAAUACGUCAGUUCCAACAGUGAAUAAUAAGGUGCCAUCAACUCCAAGUAUUGAUGACACAACUUCAGAGAACAAAAGUUAUAAAAUUGUGUUGGGAUUAUUAUUUGGUGUAGGACUUGGAGGGUCGAUGGCAGCUGUUUUAGUGGUUGAUGUCAUGUGCUGUGACAGAAGCAGGUUGCGGAGAAGCAUAAGACCUACUCAUGGAUAA